ACCGCAGCCACACCCGACGGAAAACCUAACCCAAGGCACAUAAUUACUUAAUUAAUAAUUAAGUCUUCGACGGGAGUUAUCAGAGUCCUUCAACCCAGCCUCUUUUCCAGAGCCUCCACGCAAAAUUCAACGAAUUAACAAACCUCUUUCGAGAGCCGCCACCAUGUCUGCUACUGACCCUGUCACAAAAGUCGCUAUUGUCGGCGCAUCCGGCCGCAUCGGAGGCGCGUUUGCCCGGGCGUUACUUCAGGGCGGCAAGCACACUGUUACGGCCUUGACCCGUAAAGGCAGCAAUGGCGAGAUCCCCGAGGGCGCCAAAAAGGUCGAGGUCGACUACGACAACCAGGACUCGAUCGUGGAGGCGCUCGUCGGCCAAGAGUUCCUGAUCAUCACCCUCGGCGUGAGUGCACCCCCAGAACUACACAGCAAGAUCACGGAUGCGGCGGGUAAGGCCAAAGUGCCGUACGUCAUGCCCAACUACUACGGCUACCCGCACCACACCAUCACCGGCAGCACCGACAUCUACACCAAGCUCUCGCUAGAACGGCUCAGUGAAGUCACCCGCAAUGGCUUCUCGACCCGGGUCCACAUGGCGUGCGGCUUCUGGUACGAGUGGAGCCUGGCGCUCGGAGACCCGUGGUUCGGCAUCGACAUUGCACAGCGCAAGGUGACCUUCUUCGACGACGGCAAGCGGCCCAUCACCGUCAGCACCUGGGAUCAGUGCGGCCGCGCCAUCGCCGCCUUGCUGAGCCUGCCUCAGCGGGGCUCCUCCCCUUCACUGGCCGACUUCAUCAACGACAAGGGCGUGCUGGUCGAGAGCUGGCACCUCUCGCAGCGCGACAUGCUCGACAGCGUGCACCGCGUGCUAGGCACCACCGACGCCGACUGGCAGAUCACGUACGAGCCGGUCGAGAAGCGCCUCAAGGACGGCGAGGAGCAGAUGCGGAACAAGGACCUCCGCGGCUUCGCCAAGGUGCUGUACGGGGGCAUCUUUGACGCCUCCAACCCCGUCAGCAACUACGUCGGCGAGGCCAACCCGAUCCUCGGCCUGCCCAAGGAGGACCUCGAUGAGGCCACCAAGCGGGCCGUCGACAUGGCUUUGAGCGGCUACAACCCGCUCGGUUUGUGACCAAAAAGAUCCAGAACGCGGAGAAAUCAUAACUGGUAUCCAGAUGGGAAAGGGACAUGUUGAUAGCACGUAGUGUAUAAGCGCUCUUGGUGUGUUCUCGUGAUCCCCCCAUUGACAAAUGUGAUUUACAUUUGCUAUUGGAUGCUUCAAUCAUAACCUACCACCCAAUGUUCCGUGAGUCAGGCCACUAGUAAU